UAUCUCACUGACUCAUCACUGGAGCCACUAUACAAAGAAGGUGCUUUACCGGCACUUGAAGAGCUGGACCUGUCUUAUGGAACUCUUUGUCAGACUGCGAUAGAUGAUCUACUUGCAUGCUGCACACACUUGACUCAUUUGAGCUUGAACGGCUGUGUAAAUAUGCAUGACCUCGAUUGGGGUUCAACCAGUGUACAGCUAUUUGAUUACUUGGGGGUCUAUAGUUGUAGUGAGAAUGCCCAGGAACCAGCUGAAACAUCCAAUCGGUUACUGCAAAACCUAAACUGUGUGGGUUGCCCCAAUAUCAGAAAAGUGUUAAUACCACCUGCUGCUUGCUUUUACCAUUUAUCAACGCUGAACCUUUCGUUAUCGGUCAAUCUGAAGGAGGUUGAUCUCGCCUGUUCCAACCUUGUUUUACUUAAUCUAAGCAACUGUUGCUCUCUGGAAGUAUUGAAGCUUGACUGUCCAAGAUUGGCUAGUCUCUUUCUUCAGGUAUAUUUCUGCCCGAUAACUGGUAUCUGUUUAUAUUGUAUUUGUCUCGGUUUUUCUUGA